AUGCUAAGUUGGCUCAGAAAGAAUAUAUUCGAGCAAGAAACACCAGGAACCUAUAAAGAACAUAAUCCACACAAAAUAGCCAAAAAACUCCUUCUUCUUGGUCUCAUCAAUGGCAUCCUAGCAGCAUUACUCUUUAUAUAUUAUGCAUUUAUAUUUGAAAGAAGCGUAGAAUACACCAAUGACACAACUAGAAGAAUAAGUCUUCCUGUAGGAGUCAAAGUAUUCAUGUACAUUGAAAUAGACUUCAACCAGGCGAACCUGAAAUACAUCAAAUCAAUAAACUACGCACAGAUUAAGGGAGAAACAACUGAAUUGGAGUUGGAUAAGUUGGAACCAUUUGGAUUCAAAGAUGAUAAACCAAUUUAUCCAGCAGGAGCAUUACCAAACUCAUUUUUCCAGGACGUCAUAGAAGUAGAAGGUCAAGAAAUAAAACAGGAGAACAUAACAUUCAACAGUGACUUGAGACGGGUUGGAGUGACGUCAUACAAUCCAAAUGAAAUAGAAAUACCACCAAGUUGGACAAAAAGAACAAAUGCAGGGAGCAAGCCACUAAAUUUCACAGGUGCAGAAGGUCUCCCAAUUUUAAACGAACGAUUCAUAAACUGGAUAGAUCCAACAAUGUUCUAUCCAACAAAGAAGCUCUGGGGCACAGUCAACGCAACAAAGGCAGAUAAUAGCCUAAUAAUAGAAUCAGAGAGCGAAUACGAUAAGCAGAUAAUCUUCACGAGUGGAUCGUUCUUUGGCUUCAGAAACUUCUAUAUACCAGUCACAUUUUUGAUUAUCAGCAUCCUGAGUGUCGGAAUCGCCCUGAUGCUAAUCUGGUUCCCCUAA